UUUGUGCAUUUUUGUGUUUUUUUUUUUUGGGUCUCAAGAGCCAAUUCUCUUGGUUAGUCUACAGUGAGUUGGGCGGUUGGAGGCUAGUUUUUGUGAGGUUAUUGUACUCAUGUUCACAUGGUGAUGGUGUACAUUAUACAACUCCAAGAUGAGCACUGGUCUAUAAUAUAAUAACCUGACUUCAUAAUUAUACUUUUUACUCCAUGUAGCGAGCGUGGGUGUUUUGAAUUUCGAAUCGACGUUUAAUCGUGCAUAACAUAAAAUCGAGGUAUUUUACCUUUUUGGACGCGUAGACCUAAAACCCUUCUAAGUACUGAUUUCAUUUAGUUGCGAAAUAAGUAUAAUUGACUUCAAUACGUGCAGAAGCGAAUAUUUUUUUAAUACAUACUUACUCCGGAAAUAUCGAUUGCCUUACUAUCGGAGCGUAUUCUGUGGCGCUAUUCCGGUACGUAGAAUAAUUUAUAAUUUUUGUAUAUGAGAGAUAUCUAUAACUGAAGUAAAAUUAUUGUUUUGAGUAUAAAUUGGCACACGGAGUUUCAUAGCCAUUCAUGAUAUUUCAAGUCAAGCCUCGAAAGAUUUUCUUAUUUUUAGACUUUAUAUUGCGUCUCAAAAUUUGAAUAUAAACACGAAGAACUUGUUCAUGGGAUAGUCAUUGAUCAAGAAAAACAAAUUAAAUAAAGUUUAUAAAAAAUAAUGCAGUAAAUAUUUUGGCGCAUAUCGUAGUGUAUUGCUAACCAUAUUUAAAUGUAUUCGAUUGUAUGAAUUCACGUUUUAAAAAAACACUUCAUCAUUCUCAGUUUUAUUCCACAACCAUCUCAUUUGAUUACCAAAUGCUUAUUAUCUCAGCAAUUUGUUUAACUAAUUUCGUGGAAUCAUUACCAAGCUGUUCUUGUGGCGAUCAUGACAAUUCGAUGCAAUUUUCAAAGUAAAUAUUUUUGUUUGUUUUCGCGUUUAUUCGACUUCUGAAGAUUUAUUCGUAAAAUAAAGCGUUUUGAAAUAAAAAUAAUAAACAAAUAAACGAUAAAAUAGAUGUUUUAGUUGGAACGCAUAAUAUUGAAAUCGUAAGUUAGUUGGGCGGUUUGUGUACAUUGACCUCUGAGAUCGAGCAAGGAGGGGGAAAUGUGUAGAAUAGAACUUUUUUAAUUCACGUUACAGCCGGAUCAUGAAGAUAUGAGUUAUAAAAUUUCUAACUAUAUACUAUUUUUGCAUCUACACAUUAUUCACGCAAAUAAUUUCUGUUCACAAUAUACAACGUUUCGGUUGAAGCGCUGUUGAAGCAUAGAUCAACAUUUGAAUCAGUAAAGUGUGCAAUUGCGCUAGAUUUCUUCCGCUGCAAGCACACAUUUUGGGGAUAAACGUGACCGGAAGUGAGUCAACUAAGGCUUUUGCCAAAAUUCAAAUUAGAUAUAGUAGAAUCUAUUUUGAAAAUUAAGAAAAGAUUCAUUCAUUCCCGCCUUUAUUAUAGAGUAUUUGUUUCGUUGUCUUAGGACGUCACUUAUUACUUGGUAUUCUUCUUCCAAACGCGCAUCAUUGUUUAUUUACAAAUUGCGUAAGUAGUCUUAAAGCUACUCAUAUCAUCUUUACGGAUUAUUUAUAAACCGACACUAAUUAUCUAACCAAUUGGCGGUCUAGUUACAGAUAACAGAAUGAAAACAACGCUAAUUUAAAGACCAUGAUAUUAAUUGAUUAUAGUGCAAAAUAUUUUAGUUAAUCUAAAUUCUAUUAACGAUCGCGAUGCAUUCCAAACCAUUGAAUUAAUUCAGCAUAUUUUGCAGAAAAUCACAGCAGCUAUAAAUCAAUCUAAUCUAAAAAAACCGGUUUAUGAGAAAUAAAAGAAAUUCUUCAAUUACGUACUCGAAUAUCGUUCCACCAUCAACGACAUAAUUCAAUAUUUUAGAGUGCACAAUAGAGAAACAUAUCUAAGUUGGAUCGCACAGAUGAUUUUGUCCGCUUGCCUAGAAAAAUCGACCUCGAGGAAGGCCGCGACCUCAAAACAUCGCGCACAGAAUUCAAGUUGGAGGGCAAUGAUAUUUUGCGGAAUCGUAAUCGCCCGCGCGAACUGCGCAGAGUGAGCUUUACUUAUCUCGCGCACUUGUACGAAACAAAAGAGAAAGCGCGCACAGAGAGGAAAAAGUCGAGCGGAUUUCUCGGCGUGUAUAUGCAAAAUCCGAGCUUAACCUUGAACCAAAUGUGCGCGCGCGGGGCUAAACAGCAUCGCCGCCGGCAGCGCGCGGUUUAUCAAUUUCCGAGGUGAAUAUUCUGUGGUUUUCGCGUCGCAUGCCAGCAGAUGCCUGUCGACGCUGCGAUGUUAUGCGUCGUCAUUCGUCUCUGAUUUUCGUUUCACGCUGACUAUAUUCGUUUGAUGACUGUCCGGAAAGUCAUUUCCAUCCGCUCGGGCGCUUGGUAUUUGUGUUAUUUCGAUAAAACUGAUGUGCGCUUCGGGAGAGAUAUUGUGCGAUGACGAAGCUUUCAGGGGAUUCGCGCUAUGUUUACUAGCCAAAGUUUAUGUCACUCAUUCUAAUUAUAAUAAAGAAUAAUUUAUAUGCAGAAUUUGAUACGUUACAUAUUUCCAUACUUUUUUUUAUUCUGAUGGAACUAUAGCAUUUAUAAUUGUCUCUUUCAGUCGAGAAUAUAAAAUCACAAAAGUUGUGAAAAUGAUAAGAAUAAAAUAUCGUUGCAAAAAGCUCAAAAAUCUCUAAAAUAAUUCAUUAUUAAGUAAACUAUUUUAUUGUCUUUAUAAUCAACGUAAGUCCAGAAACUUUACUGUGGGAUAACGAGAUGUCUCAUGCAGAACUUUUCUCUGGGCAGAAUUUCUGGUCAUAAUUUUUUAAAAUAAACUACUUUCAGAACUUCGUUUCAGAGUAAAUUUCCAUUAAUUUCAACCGCAUUUUAACACGUGUUGGCCAGAAAUACUGCCCAGUAACAGGGUCAUUUUUCUACCAGGGUAUAAUGUGUGGAAGUUAUAAUGAUAAUGGGGUUAAUCUUGGAGAAUAAAAAGUACUUAACCUACGAGAUUGACAUGUGUUGUAUACAAAUACGGAUUGACGAAAUAAUUCUAUAGUUGGCGGAAAGAGACCUAAAUUCUAAAACUUAAUUAUUAUAAUAAUGUACCAAUAUGACACAGCAAGCAUGCGCCUCAACAUAUUACAAUACAGAGUUCAAAGUUUUCAAAACAAUUCAAAAACUUUUAGCGCUAAGGAUAAUUUUCGCUAAUGAAACUUAAGAAUACCAAGAAAUAAGAAGUUCAUUAGACUUAGCAUUAAUGAAUAAAGAUAAUUGUAUAGGUGCCUAAUACACACACGUUAUAAUUACAUAUGCUGUGAUAAAUGUAUAAUAUUUUUCUCAAACACGUCCGAAAGCCGUUGUUACGAAAAAGCGUUCGGUGCCAUAAAUCAGGAAAUAAAAACGGAAAGUUGUAAACCACGCUGAUUUGUAAGUACAGUAUCUGUCAAAGAAGACAAGAGUCGACUAAUAGCCGCUUGUCGAACUAUAAUCAAGCAUCGUAUCGUGUCCGCACACAAAAUCCGCUCGACUCGAGUAAACAUUACGAACUUUCCUCUGUCAAUAGAGCCAUGAGCUUGGCUGCUUUCUUAGUCACUUUCGUGCUCGUUAACUCUUCGGAGCGUGUACCUCUGUAUAUACCUAGUAGUGAUAAAAGCGCCCGCUCUACAAAAACGGCCCUGUGCCCUCGGCGACGUCGUCGCUGCACACAACGACGAUCGAUCGAACGUAUACAUAUAUAUUACACGCGCGCUUACGCACGGGUGCAACAACAGAUGCCAAGAAGGGAGGGAGAAAUAAUAAGAGAAGAGAGAGAGAGAGAGAGAGAGAGAGAGAGAGAGAGAGAGAGAGAGAGAGAGAGGAGUCUCUGCACGUGUAUAAGCCGGCUCGAGCUGCAAUAUAUAGCUUAUUGUCGUCGAUUGAAAUAUUGUAAAUAGAUAUACAUCAUAUCGCGGAGGAGUAAAUUUGCGCGGGUUCAAUCAUGCAGAAUCCAUGGUACUAUCAGGAUCCAAGGACAUGGCUGCCAUUCGAUUUGGAGUCGAACACGACUCUGCACCGGACCGACUCGAUGGUAUCGCUUUGCUACCGCACAUUAGCCAAUUACGUCAGCGAUGACAACCUUGCCGGCUUGCAGAACUUUCUCGAGAACAAAAGGGUCCAGGUCGACGAUCGCGACGAGAAUGGCAGCACAGCUCUCAUUCUUUCAGCGAGCAGAGGCAAAAUCCACUUUGUCCGGGAGCUCAUCAACCACGGAGGAGAUGUCAAUGCCGAGGACGCGGACAAUUGGACGGCACUGCUUUUCGCAGCCAAGGAGGGCUUCAACGACGUGUGCAUCGAGCUCCUCGAACACGGCGCUGCUCUCGAGCAUCGCGACGCGGGAGGAUGGACGGCUCUCAUGUGGGCGACGUACAAGGGUAGAACCUCAACGGUGACGUUACUGUUGGCCCGAGGCGCGGACGUCAACGCUCACGGAAACUAUCACAUAUCCUCGCUGCUGUGGGCGGCCGGUCGAGGCUACACUGAAAUAGUUAAGGAGCUGCUUGCAUAUGGCGCUAAGGUCAACGUUGGAGAUAAGUAUGGCACGACCGCUAUCAUAUGGGCGUCUCGAAAGGGCAGCCUGGAAAUCGUCGACGCUCUUCUCAAGGCCGGCUCGACGGUCGACACUGCGGGCAUGUACUCGUGGACGCCACUGCUGGUGGCGACGCUGGGCAACCACGUGGAGGUCGUCCUGCUGCUGCUGGACCACAAGCCGAACGUCAACGCGGUGGACAAGGACGGCUGCACCGCUUUGUCGAUAGCCUGCCGCGAAGGUUACUUCGAGAUCGCCAACGCUCUGCUCAACGCCGGCGCCUACAUCAACAUCCAGGACAAGUCGGGCGACACGAACCUCAUCCACGCCGUCAAGGGCGGGCACAGGGGCGUAGUCGAGGCUCUCCUUAAGAAGUACGCCGACGUCGACAUUCCGGGAAAGGACAGAAAAACGGCCACGUACAUAGCCGUGGAGAAGGGCAACGUGUCGAUACUGAAGGUCCUCUUGACGGCGAACCCGGACCUCGAGAUCGCGACGAAGGACGGAGACACGCCAUUGCUGCGAGCUGUCCGCUCCCGCAACGCCGAGAUCGUGCAGUUGCUUCUGGACAAGAAGGCCAAGGUCUCGGCGGCGGACAAGAAGGGCGAUACCGUGCUGCACGUGGCGAUGAGAGCCAGGUCCAAGGGCAUCGUCGAGAUACUGCUCAGGAACCCCAAGAACAGCCAGCUGCUCUACAGACCGAACAAGCAGGGCGAGACGCCCUACAACAUCGACAUCAAUCAUCCCAAGACCAUACUCGGCCAGAUAUUCGGUGCUCGUCGGUUGAAUACCAACGAGGACAACGAGAACAUGCUCGGUUACGAUCUCUACAGUAGCGCGCUCGCGGACAUACUGAGCGAGCCCUCGCUUUCCACCCCCAUAACCGUUGGCCUCUAUGCCAAGUGGGGCUCGGGGAAAUCUUUUCUAUUGAAUAAACUUAGAGAGGAAAUGAAAAACUUCGCCCGUCAAUGGAUCGAUCCGUCUUUCCAGUUUUCCUCCCUGUUAUUUCUCAUUGUAACGCAUGCUUCGCUGCUGAUCGGGGUGACCAUAGGUCUCAUCUGCCAAUCGUGGGUAACUGGACUCAUUUCCGGAGCGAGCUUAGUUGUCAUCGUAUAUGUCUUCCUACUGUUGGUCUGGUACGCCAACAAGCGGUACGACUGGUACUGGCCGUACAACUUUACCGUGGCGCUGUCCACGAAACUCAACUCCCUGAAACUGCUACUACAAGUGACCUUCUGCCACCCGCCUGGUAAUCAGACCCACGAUGGCAUCACCAUACAACCGAUCAAGUUCUACUUCACGGACCAAACGCGCGUCGGCACAACGACGGCCGGCGAGAACGCCGUAGUCCAGAUGGUCGGCUCGCUCUACGACUCAAUCGAGAGCGAGUUCGGCUCCAUGUCGACGCGCCUCUAUCGGGCCUUCAGGCCCAAGCCCGUGAAGACCACGGCAUCCUGGAAGUGGAGACAUCUCUGCUGUCUGCCCUACGUCGCCAUUUUCGAGUUUUGUUUUUGCAGUCUCCUCGUCGGCAUCGCCAUACUCACGGUCUAUCUCAUCGAUUCUUCUCAGGAGAAAGAAACGCCAGUUAUCGAGCGCGUCACUGCGUACAUAAUCAUGAUCAGUAUCGCUGUGUUGUUGGCCGUUAGUGUGAUAGCAAAUUUGUACACGUGGAGCAGGACCCUUCAGUCCCUUAUAUUCUCACAGCGAAGGCAACUUAGGCGUCGCAUCGCUAAGCUAGAAACUCUGAAAAGCGAAGGCUUUUUACAAACCCUGAGGAGUGAAGUCAAUCUAAUGACCGAUAUGGUUAAGUGCCUAGAUAGUUUUACAGCUCAAAAGAGUAGAUUAGUAGUAAUUGUUGACGGUCUGGAUAGCUGCGAGCAGGACAAAGUGUUACUGGUGCUCGACGCUAUCCAAGCCUUGUUCAGUGAUAACGGGUGUCCCUUCGUUGUUAUUUUAGCGAUUGAUCCUCAUAUUAUAUCCAAGGCGGUUGAAGUGAACAGUCGAAGACUCUUUACCGAGUCCAAUAUCGGCGGUCACGAUUACCUCCGUAACAUGGUGCACUUGCCCUUCUACCUGCAAAACAGCGGUUUGCGUAAGGUGAAGAUAGCCCAGCAAACGGCUCUGCAUAGCAAUAAAAAGACAACGUGGAACGAGGCAGAGGAAAGCGUCAAUUACGCAACGACUAAUCCACUGACUCGAUCUGUUUCGAAUCGUCGGCUGAGCACGGAAUCCGGCGUCAUGAAUAGCAAUGAAAAGCUGAAACCACCGAGCCGCAAGGGCAGUCGGAAGCUGAGACUCAGCGAAUCAAUAGCUAGUAGUAUAGGCAGUAAUUUAAACAGGCUCGGAGGAGCUCAGGAUCUAAAUAAGAUGCUGUUGACCGACGACUACUUCAGUGACGUUAAUCCGCGCAGUAUGCGCCGAUUGAUGAACGUAGUUUACGUUACAGGAAGAUUAUUAAAAGCAUUCCAAAUCGAUUUUAACUGGUAUCACUUAGCUAGUUGGAUUAAUAUCACUGAACAAUGGCCAUUUAGAACUUCGUGGAUGAUUUUGUAUUAUGAUACAAGCGAGGAUAAUCUCGAUGAUUCCAUGUCGUUAAAAAGCCUCUACGAUAAAGUACGCCCGCAAAUUCCAAUUUUCAAAGACGUCCAGCCUCUGCUCGAGAUGGACCGAGACGAGCGCAAACUUGAUGUCUUUUUGACGUUUCAUCGAUCGAGCUUGCUAGUAAGCGACAUGAAAAUAUUUUUACCAUUCACAAUUAAUCUGGACCCCUACAUCAAGAAGAAGAUAAAGGAGGAGCAACAGACCAUGGACGAGGAAUCGAAUCACCCUAGCCUGUACAAAUGGAACAACUCGAUGUCGUCAACGGGUGGUCCAAGUGUCGCGGAGUCCGGGUGGAUCAAUCGUAGUGGAGCUGUCAGCAGACACUCGAGAAUGCAUAAACCAAACGCUUCACAGCUACCACCAGGCUUGACACCAGGUUUAUCGCAAUUGCCGCCAAUUCCAAAUAUGUGGCCACCGAAUGCAAGGCCUCUCUAUGAUUGGCAAAUGCCUCAUUGGCCCAGCUUGCCACCACCGAUGGAGCCAAUACAGAAACCGCUUUCUGCAGUCACUAACUUACCGUCGGACAUUCUAGACAUCAAGCUUUCAACACUUGCAGUUGAUGGAUUAUGCGACUUGCUUGAUAAAAUUCAAGAUCUCAAUCAAAACCAAAUACCACACUAUAAAGAAAUUAUUAAAGAUAAUAACAUUAAUGGUAGAGUACUACUUCACUGUGAUUUACAGGAAUUGAAAAACGUACUUAAAAUGUCGUUUGGAGACUGGGAAUUAUUCAGAAUGGUAGUUGUCUCAUUGAGAGAACAAGAACUGACUACUCUUACAACUCAGGAAGAAGGGCCUCGUAGUGUCAGAUUUAUUGUUGGACCAGAUGAAAACAUUCGAAAAUCGGAGCAUACAACUCAAAAUAAUCCCAUCAGAGUUCCGGCAAUUGUCGAAAAAGAUAAAAGUUUGUCCAGAACUGACGGUCCUCCAAGAAGGGAUCAAGCUAAGCAAUCUAUUAUGGAAAAGCAGCUACAGGUGACGCUGGAAGAGCAGAUGAUUUGUGGCGCUCUGCAGACGCUAAACGAAGAGGCAUGCGAGGACGUGCUGGAUGUGCCAGUCUCGCCAGCAAUUGUCCCCGCAGACUCACUGCCAGACGGUCCAUUUGCAGGUGAUCGGGCGAGAUCGAGAGCAUCUAGUGUCUGCCAAGACACGGACUAUGUGAUCCUGCAGUCCAACCCGCUGCUGCACUGGGUGCCGGUAUCGGACGACCCGGGCGACGACGAAACCAGUUCGGACAGCUCGCUCGACUCCAUGACGCUGCCGCCAAUUCAUCGCACGAGCUCCCAGCGCAGCAUCAGCUCGCGAUGCAGCAUCGCCUCGAGCUGCUCCGUCAACCACUACCGGAGUCCAGCCGCGGCUGCGCUGCACCAGAAGAGCGCGGCUACCAAGCAGUCAAGGCGACCUUCCUCGCUGUUGGUCUCACCACCAGCUUCGCCCCGGCCCGCCUCCAGGUCCAAGUCCACCGACGACUACGGCUCGGACACCCUAGCCACCAGCUCAAAGCGCUCACUCGGGCCGCGACGUAGCACCUCUUCCCUCAGCGAGGAGAUCACCAUCUCCAUCCCGGUGCCCCACACCGCCGCCAUCGGUCUCGGGAAACUCGGCAAAUUGAAGGAACGACUGCUCAACAAGUCCCCGCAGCAGCCACAGCAACUGCAACAGGGAGAAACGGCCGUAGUGGAGGACAGCGACGGCGAGUCGACGCCUCUCGUCUCGGAGCUGUCCAGCCCGUCGCACUCGAACUCGGACAGCGUGUUCAAGGCUGCGAGUCCCGAAGACGAGAGUAGCGACUCGUUCUCGCCCAUCGACUCCACGACCAUCAAGAAUUUGCACAGGGGUGGCAACCACUCAAGCACCGAGGUACUCGAGCACUAUGUCGACUCGGUCGGCCUCGUUGUGCACGAGUCCGCCUCAUCGUCCUUCGGUAGCCGCUCGUUGUCUAGGCAGAACGCCCAGGACUGGGAGAACCCCGAAACGCCGGUCUGAUGAGGGACCAGUGAUUUUGUGCUAAAAGCAUUUAACGAAAACCACCUUGUAAUUAUGUACGCGUGUAUCUGGGAGUUUCAGCAGGCACCCGGUGCACUCUGAAUGUUCCAGGAAUUGCCCGAGUCUGUUUCUGUUGAAGUUUUGAGCGGAAAACUUUUUUUAAAUCACUCGAUAUUUUUUAUAAAUUUUAUUCAAUGCAUCAAGACAGAUUUAUCUUGACGUUUAUCGACAUUCCUGGGACGUUUCGCUGAUGUCAAGGUGGUAUCCUUUUAUCAUUGAGAGAGCUUGUUUUUCUUGUUCGUGAAAAUAUGAAACGGGAUUCUGUGGGAAGCAUUUAUAUUAUUUGUGAAAUUUUAAAACUCUCUAUGAUGAAAAGGUGUGCAUUUGACUAUCUCUCUCUCUAUUUCGUUUUAGUUAGAUCUUUAGCUCCAUGACGAAAUUGCACUUGCGUAAAAAUUGUCCUUAAUCGAAAGACCCAUGUUAUUUUAUAGAGUGGAUUGAACAAAUGAUUUUAGCUAUGUGCGUCUCUUACUUCUGCUUUCUCCAGAAUUCUCUGAUCGAUAUUUUCAUACUGUACAUUGAAAAGCUUCUCUCCAGAUGCAAAUAGAAAAAUCAGCUUUAAACUGUCCAGUAGAGUAUUCAAUGAAAGACCGUUGAUCAGUGUAGGUGCAUGUUUCGAACAACGGUUAAUUGAUACUUUGUCAAGUAAAAUUAGAGCUGAGUGAAUAAAUUCAAUUUUUAGGUGCGCAAGUGACAAAUCGUUGUCUCGUCGCAGCGAACCGCAAAAACGCGUUGUGAUUUGAUGGUUGUUACGGUUUGUAGAUACUGAUUAUUUUAGUUUUACGAUAAAAGACGGCAGUAUUACUUAAUCAACAGUUUGUGCCUUAAUUAACGAAUACAAUUAAUUUGCGGGAUGAUUUUAUAAUUUUCUUUUUCGAUUGGCUUAUUUUCUUUCUUUUACAAAAAACACUAUAUAUGUAUACUUUUGAUAAUUUAGUUUGUAAACAUUAGGCUACAUAAUAAGGUCGAUCAGCUCAUUGGUCAUUAAUCGUAUAAGUAUUGCAAAGGAAAAAACUAUUUUUGGUAUUUUAUCAAAUUUGUGGAAAUGGUUAAUUGUAUUUCGGAAUGCAUGUAUUUUAUUUAACGAACUAUACAUAUUUCUCAUUGAGAAACUGUAAUCCUAUUUUUACUGCAUCGAACAAAAAUGAAUUUGUAUUAUUAGCUAUAAUAUAUACAUUAGUAAUAAAGAUAUUUUUUGAAAGUUAGUCAAGAUAUGCAAAAUAUUCAUAAAAACUGUAUAAAGUUAUGUAAAGUAAUAAAUAAUUUGAAAUAC